AUGAAUUCUAAGAUCCCACAGGAGGUUACUAUUCGAACCUCGUUACUUCUGUCUAGAAUUCCGAUAGUAGUGUCGAAGCCAACAAAAUUUGAGUCCUCGUACAGAGCUUACCAAUAUGAGUUAGAAAAAAGGCUAAUGUGGACUUUUCCAGCAUAUUAUUACUUCAAGAAGGGAACCCUAUCAGAGCACAAAUUUCUUUCCUUACAGAAGAAGCCCAUAAUCAAAAACCCCAAAGCUUGGUUUCCAAAAGGUGUACCAGAUAUUCGACAUAAUAGAGAUCGACGUAUGAAACAGGACGUAAUAUUGCCCCAAAAGGACAAUGAUAAAGAUGACUACCUGACGAGGCCAAUUGCAAAGAAUUCUAUAGAAACUGAGGACGAUUUACGAGCAAAUUAUAGUAGUCUCGAAAGAAAGUUGAGAAACAAUCUUUAUUUGCUUGUUAGGGAAAAGGAUACAGGCUCAUGGAAAUUACCGUCUUUCGAGGUUCUGAACUCUGAAGAUGGAGCAGGAUUACAUGAAAUUGCUGAGAAAGGUCUAAGAGAUAUUGGCGGUGUAAAUAUCAACACGUGGACGGUAUCAAAUAAGCCAGUUAGUGCAAUCACAAAUUCAAAGAAACAAACUGUUGAGUUUGUCAUCAAGUCACAUAUCUUAGCAGGUAAGUUCAACCUGAAAAAUUCUGAUAAAUUCACAGACUUUGCUUGGCUAACUAAAAUUGAAGCUAAGGAUAAAGUGGAUAAUGAUUACUAUGAAAAAAUAGAUCAUUUGUUGAGUGGUUAG